UAUGUUAGUGAGAUAACAGGUUUUUAGCCUCUUAUUUUACAAAUAAUUGUUUUAAAAUUGAAUUUGCCUAGUUUGCUUGUUUCUUAUGAAUUUCAGACUGCUUUAAUUCUUGAUAAAGUAACCAAAUUGUUGAAUAAGGAUGGUGGUAAAGUUCAGGGGUUUUUUUUUGUUGUUGUUUGUGAGGCAGCUGGUUGUGUGGAGUAUUGUGGUAGUGUGAUUUGUUUGUAGUGUUACUAACAUAAACGUAUACUACAUAUUUUGUAAUAUACAUACAUUACUUACUUGUACUGUUGUACAUGAAAAAAACAGAAGAACUUUAUGGUUAAGUCUUGAGUAGAUAUUUCUAGUCCAGCCAACCAGUCAUUUGCACCUGGAGAUUGCAAACUAGGAUACAUUGUCAUUUAGUAUUAGUUUAUUUGAGUCUUGGAGAGAAGUUUUUUUCCACUCCAAUGGCAUUCAGUCUGACAAUUUUAAAAAACCCAGGAUGUUUGGUUGUGUCCUUUAAUUGUUUAUUGCCAUCUUUGAAAAAGAUUACCCAUCUUGAUUAAAGAGAGUAUCUCAAGGUCAUUGCUCAGAAAUUCUGAAUGGUAGUACAGUCUAUACUCUAUAGCAAUCUUGUAAUCAAUGCAAGCACCAACUGGCAGCCAACGAAGCUCACAAAGAAGGGGCGGAGCAUGGUCUGCAUUUUGCCUUCAGUAGAUAUAAUUAUCUCGAGCCAUUUGAAAUUGAUCUAGUAGGCAGAUCAGGGAUUAUUUAUAUUUUAUAGAGUAGAAAUGUUGCCACAAAACCACACAAGAAAUAAUGAUCGAGUGCUUUUUCCAUACAGGUUGCACUCUGCGCUUACCAGCGAUAAGAAAUUAAUGUCAUUACAAAUACUUGCUAUCAAUAACAUGCUAUGUGUAAAACACAUUCACCUACUGAGCCACAGGAUAAAGAAUACGCAGGUAAUGAAAGUUAAGUUAGACAUUUAAAAAAAAACAUGACUAAAAAUGUAUUUGUGCUGAUGCAUAAUGGUAAAAAUGACCACGAAAGAUCAAGUAUAAUAUACUUUAUAAACAGAAGUUUUCAAUGACCGAUUGAUUACUGCCUUAGAAUCAGAAUAGUGAAUGUGAUAGGGAAGAAGAGGUCCACUGCCUAGAAGCACAACAUUAGAACAUUUAAUCUUCAUUGCAUUAUUAUUAUUUAAAGCUGGGCUCCCAAUGUGCCCCUGUCACCAAUACAGUGAAGCCUGGCUGCCCUGAGUAUAUUUCUCGUCUCGGGCACGCUGUUCUUUCUAUGCACGUGGCAUCUGUUUACAUGGCUGGCUGCCUUGCCGUAAUAUAGCCUCAGUUGCUGGCACGGCGUAAAACACCAUGCAAUCACCUCCCAAUGUGCCCUUUAAUGUCGACAUGAUCUUGGCAAAGUACGUUAUGAGGACCCCCUCCCUACAUUUCAGAGACUGCGUCCGUCUCAUCUUACAUCCUUUACCGUGCCAACAGAUUUUUGUACCCAUUUGCACAGAACCAUUUUGUGGGGUGGGAAACACGCCAAGCACCGAAAUUGAAUAGGUCAGAGGAGGGGACGUUUAGGUGUGUCGAUUUGUGCGGUAUGAGAGACGCAUGGCUAGGACAAACCGUGGAUCAAAAUGUUGCUUUUGUGAUAAGAAGAAAGCAUUAUUUUCUUUUUAAAAUUGGUUUGGUUGAUUUACUACUUUGUUUCCUUUUGAUUAUUCUUCGUUCGUCAGCUGAUAUUCAAGGGGCAAUUAGAAAUAACCCAAUGUUAACGCCAGUAAAAAUGAGAUUUAUACAUAGCGCAAUGCGCUUUACAAAUAUACUCUAGGACAGAGAAGACCUUUACUGUCCAAAGGUCUUUAUUGUGAAAUAACAGACAUAUUUUCCUAUGACGAUCGACUUGAAAUCUGUAGAAAUGUACGGAAAGUGUUGAACACCGGCCCUUCCAUCACUUUUACGACAGACCGCUAUAUUAUGCAACGCUCAACGGGGGACGACGCGGAAACCAGUUUUCUUGUGACGUUAGAUGUUCGCGCGUUGGUAGCAAGCACAGUCGUGGGGCUCAUGACUUAUACAAGUUUGGUCAAUGCUACCGUAAUCGCCUACUCGGCCUCUUACAGACCCUCAGAUGGGGGACACGCUCUUCUCACGUAAAAGCUGCGUGACCAGUCCAUCUCAGCCAAUCAUUCUUUUUCGCUGUAGGAGUUGACCUAUUGCCUUUUUUGGUGGCCAAUCCGCGGAUCGGGAGGGGGAUUAUUGUUAGUAAACAAAAGUUCACCCCCACAGGCAAGGUUGCAUCACCAACGUUUCUUUGUGAGUGAAUAAGAGCGUCUUCUGAUAGAGAAGAAAUUCUGGGGCUGAUAGAGGUGGACGAGGCACCCGAAAAAUUUCUCGAUGGGAGUCUCGGUUGUAUCCAGCAGCAUGAGCAUUGUUUUAAGUAAACUCAAUACAACUUUAAAGCAAGAGGUCAGAAUGUCAAAAGAACUUCCCAGUACUCAUGGAACCACAGGGACCUUUGGAAUACCAAUCGACAGAUCAUGGUAUCGAUACGAGCAGGACUUUAAUACAGUUCUGUCUCCUCCUCCAUUAGUUCCACCACCAUAUUUUCAGUUACCACCAGAAACUGUAGGAAAACUAAAGAAGAGUUACUCUCAGCCAUCAAUGAAUGUUGGAGCCAUUACUUUGACUUCACAUCUGCAAAAACAGAAAGGAAGGGAGGUCACCUCGACAGUGACUUCUUCUCAGCGACAGGAGUUAAUGGUGACAUCAGCUUUAAUGCCAAAUCAUCCCACACAGAAGUUGUGCAACUCUACAUUUACUGAUGCUUUGCAGGAAACUAACAGUUCAGCUCAGCGCUAUGAGACUGGACCUGUUUACAGCAGCAGCAAGAUCUUGUCAUCCUUUCAGAAGAACUUAAGAGUUUAUGGCCAUGAGCUUAAACCACGGGAGAUGAACUCACUGAGUGCUCCACCCAGCCCCAAACUUUCAAAGCGAUUGGAUAAUGCUCUGGCAGAAACUGACUGCAUGGCAGUUCAAGAAAAAGAGCAGAGACUGUCGAAAGUAACAGAAUGUGUAGACUGUUCCCCACAGAAUGCUGAAACCAGUGUAAGUCUGCAGCUAGAUAAACAUGGGAAAUGGGCUUCAGAAAAGUCACAAAGACUGGAAGACUGUCCAGAUUUUAUAAAGACAGAGUUUUCAAAUUCAUCUCAAGCAGGAAGUUUGAGAAAGGACAUAAAACCUUUGUCAAGCCAGCUGAUGGACUGGUUAAGCAGUCCAAAGAGUGAUGUGAAAAUAAAUAAAAAAGAAUUAAAUGCCCUGACUCCAACAUCUUUUUAACAUAAAUUUUCAUCACAGCUUAAAAGGAGCAUCAUAAAAGAUGCAUUUUCUUAUUAGACAUGAUCAGGAUACUUUUAAACUUAAGUAUUUUCUUUACGUUGAGUUAAUAAAGUUUUUUUGGGGAGAAUAGCUUUAAAUGUUUCAUUAUACAAAGUGGUGAGCAGUGCUUGACUUUUUGUUAAAUGAUUUGCCUGAGAACUAUUUAUAUGGGCCAGAAUGAAGUCUGUUUUGUAUGUAGUUCAAGCAUUUUUUAUUUCAUGCAUUGUGCAGUGUUGAGGAAGUAUAUCUCAAUUUUUUUUAGUAGUUUUAUUUCUUUAAGAUAUUGAUUUUUUUUUCUUGCAACUAAAUAUCGAUGAUGUUAGCUCAGGUUAUCCCUACCUUACUUACAAUGUUUUAGUAUAGAAAAGCUCACAUUUAGCGGUGGUGGGACAAGCAGUGUUGUGAAUCUAGAGCAGUCCUGAGUGAAUUACUGCCUUAGAACCAGAAUAGUGAAUUUGAUAGGGAAGAACGGUCCACUGCCUAGAAGCACAACAUUAGAACAUUUAAUCUUCAUUGCAUUAUUAUUAUUAUUAAAGCUGGGCUUCCAGUGUGCCCCUGUCACCAAUACAGUGAAGGCUGUAUUUCCCCAGAAAUUUAUUGACAUAUGCACACGUAGUACUUUUAAAGCAAACAUUUUCUAAGGAAAGCUUGUUGAGCCAGACAGAAGUAAUGAAGAUAGGGUAGCCAGCAUUGCAAGUGAUUCUCACUCCCUUUCUCAGAUAGAAUCAUUCUUCCCACCAUAAGGUAUAAGUUUGGCCUUUAAAACACAAGUUUAUCAAAUUGAAAAUUGUUGUGAUCUUUUAAGUUAUGAAGUCCAUUGAUAGUGCAGUUAGAAAUUGGUAGGACUGGCCUUGUCAUAUGCAGAGCAUAUAAUAUGAAAUAAUAAAAAAAAAAGAAUGCCUUGAAACAUUACAAUAUAAGGUAGCUGGCACAGACUAAGAAUGAAGGGCCAGUACUUGUAACUUUUCAUUUGCAAAAAACACAUUAUGGAGCAAGUAUAUUCCUUGUAAAAUUUAUCACCCUUCCCACUUUUUUCUGAUUUUGACAACAGCCUAUUACAUAUAGUCCAGAAAUAGUGUGGCGAGAAUAGUUCUCGGAAAGAUGCUUUAAAGUUGUCAAAGAAUGGGUCUAAUUUUCUUUUUUGUGCGUUUUUGUUUAGGAAUGUCCUGUUUAGAUGCACAUUAAGCUAACGAUACUUGUGUUGAUAGUCUUUCCGAACUCCACCGUAGCUCGUGUCACGACCAAUACUAGUUGAAUGUGUCCUUUUGCAGUCUGUGAGGGUCAUGUACAGUGCUGGUGGGCAGCCAAGCAUCCAUUUAGUACCUGCUUACAUGUGUGUUUUGGUUGACUCUGCAAUGUGUGGGUCAUGUCUAGUCACCGUGGGCUGUGUCUAUGUCUGUGAUAGAAAGGGAAUGUGGAAGAGAGAGCAAGUGAGAAAGAGGAGUAGUAUGUGCAUAUGUAUAGGAUAGGCCUGAUUAUUUUCUUUUAUCAUUCCAAGUGCAAUGCCACGGCCACUAAACUAAUUCUAAUUAUGUAUAUGCAAGCAGCUCCUUGUAAACACAUAGCAAUUUUUUGCACGAGCUUUGCAGUGAUUGUCCAUUUGUGACCGACUUAGGUGAAGACUUGAUGUACCUCUUCGAAUGUAGAAAAAUAUAUGUCCUUUAUUGUGAAACCAUAUAUUUUGUGUGUAUGUGUGCGCACUUGUGCCUGGUUUUAAAUACUCAAAAUGCCAUUAGUUAUGCCUCAAGUAUGUUUGCAUCAGCAUUGUUUUUAGUUUUGGAUCAAUUGUAAAUGAUUAGGCAGCUGUGUGUGCAUGCACAGUUGCCUAUGCAUGUUGUUUCUUGCUUCUGUUACUUUAUAUUAGAGCGAACCUAUGAACUGCUUGUAGCAUUAAUUAGAGAAUAACAAUAAACGUAUUUUCCACAGUUA